AUGGGUUCUAUACAAAAGAAACCACAUGCGUUGUGCUUACCAGCCCCAGCACAAGGCCAUAUUAACCCCAUGCUAAAAGUUGCUAAAAUCCUCCAUUCCAAAGGCUUUGAUAUAACCUUCGUUAACACCCAGUUCAACCAUCAACGACUCGUCAAAUCUCAAGGCUCCAACGCCCUAAAUGGCCUCCCUUCCUUCUGCUUCGAGACCAUUCCUGAUGGCCUUCCGCCGCCACAGAACCCAGAUGAAACCCAAGAUUUCCCCACCCUAUGGAAGUCCAUGGAUGAAACUUGUCUGGGUCCGUUUAAAAGUCUGCUUACGAAAUUGAAUGCUUCAUCUUCACCGGUGACUUGCAUAGUUGCAGACUUAUUCAUGGGCUUCACCCUCGAUGCAGCCAAAGAACUUAAUAUCCCCGAGAUAGUCCUAUGGACCAGCGGUGUUAGUGCUCUAAUGUGUGUUCAUGAGCAGAACAAUCUAUUGGAGAGAGGUUUGGUGCCACGUGAAGCAUCGAGUUUUUUAGCAAAUGAGCAUUUAGAUACCAUGAUUGAUUGUGUUCCGACCAUGUCUGGUAUGCGUCUAAAACACUUGGCUUCAUUCGUUAGAGAGACCAGCCCUGGUGAUGAAUACAUGCUUGAAGGUUUGUGUUUACAAGCAGAGAGAGCAAAAAGAGCUUUUGCCAUUAUCUUCAACACCUUUUAUGAACUAGAAAGCGACCUUUUGGAUGCGCUUUCUUCAGUCUUUCCUCCAUGCUAUGGUGUUGGUCCGUUUAAGUUACUAGAGAAGGAAAGUGAUGAAUCUGUAGAGUUCAUCAAAUCAAAUCUUUGA